AUGCCUAGUAUAUCUCAAACAAAAAACUUGACACUAGUAAAUUUUUUUCCUCAGUUUUCUGAAAGCAAACUCACACUUAGUAUAAGUAAAAUUUUUAUCCAUUAUUCCCUCCAAAUCUCAUUCACCUCCAAAGCAUCUUCAAUCCUUCAUCGUCCCCUUUCAGAAACCUGGAAAGGUCACUCUUUGCACCGUCGUAAGGAAGAAACCCUGCCUCCAAAGCUCACCAUCGUCGCCCCCCACUCACUCUCUUCACUCCCGCUAUUGACCCUCUCACUCUCGCUCUCGUCAUUAACCCUCUCACUCUCGCCAUUGACCGUCGUCGCCCCCCACGCACCACUCACCCGCACUCACCACUCUCCACAUUGCUGCACUACUGACCGUCGCUGCGCUGCCCUCACCAUCGUCGCUGCGCCGCCCUCACCACCGUCAUCACCCCCCAAAUCAGAGAAAAGCGUUUUCCAUAACCACUCACCACUCACGGCGUCACCACUCACCACUCCAGGAAGACUCUGCGCUCACUCAUCUUCCCCACUUAUCUUCAUCGUCGCUUCUCUUCGCUGCGCUGUCACAUCACGAAGACUCUGCGCUAAACUGAAAGCUUUCUUCAUUCGCGAGCGUAGGAGAACUCGUGAAUUUAGGGGUUUUAUUCCAUUAACACAGGGGAUAGAUUUUUCUGGUUUAGGGAUGAGGAAUUUGCUAGAUAGACUGUUGCUGGCCUCAACCCACUUAGAUAAGUUUGGUAGAGUUAUUCGUGGUUAAGAUUGAAGGCGAAAGUUUUUGUUUAAGGUCUUCCAAGCAGAUUUUGUCAAAACGCUGAUUGUGUCAUGGCAAGGAGCAAAAUUUGGUGGCUGCCAUAAGCUUUAGAUUGUUUUGAUCACUCUCUCUCUGGCUCUUUGAUCUCAACAGGAAACGCAGCGUUUGCUCAGUGAGCCAGGGUAACAAUGAAGAUUAAGCAACGAAGAUUAAGCUGACUAUUAUUGUGGUUUAUUGGCUAAGAUAGAGUGCUAUUUAGAAUCUUUACAUGUAUGGUUGACUAAUGAUUUUUAUUAGAAGAUAUUUUUAUUGGCUAAGUGAUAUUAUAGUUUUGAUAUGGCUAUGCUUACUUUAGUUUGAGAUGUAUGAAUUGUUACAGUUAAUUAACUUCAUUUUAGUAUUUUGGAUCAAUAUUAUAAAUAUAUUUUGG